CAAUAUCCAGCCCAGGCUCAAUCUGGCUACUGAGAAGAAGGUAACAGGAGUUGCAGCUAUUGAUAUAUUAGAGGUGGGACUCUACCUGACAGAGUUAGAAGGAAUCAGCCAGCCAUGCCUCCAGUUCAGAGGGAUAACCAAUUGGCUGAUAGAGUAACAAAUGAAAAGUAACUUGACUCCAUUGACCUGCUUAACUCUGCAUGGGAACAAUGGAAAGGAACAGCUGCUUGCUUUGAAACAGUGGAACAGCCGAGAAAAUGGCAUGUGAUACCCCUACCCAAAGACAGCGGACUAUGUCGACCUCUGGAGAAGCUCUAUAUGAAGUUCUUGGUCUGCAUAAGGGAGCAUCAAAUGAAGAAAUUAAGAAAACCUACAGAAAGUUGGCCUUGAAACACCAUCCAGACAAGAAUCCAGAUGAUCCAGCUGCUGCUGAGAAGUUCAAAGAAAUCAACAAUGCCCACACAAUACUUACUGACAUAUCAAAGAGAAACAUAUAUGACAAGUAUGGAUCGUUGGGACUCUAUGUGGCUGAGCAAUUUGGAGAUGAAAAUGUUAAUACCUACUUUAUGCUGUCAAGCUGGUGGGCAAAGACCCUGUUUGUCAUUAUUGGCCUCUUGACCGGCUGCUAUUUUUGCUGUUGUCUGUGCUGCUGUUGCAACUGCUGCUGUGGACAUUGCCGGCCCAAAUCAUCAGUGCCAGAAGAGGACUUCUAUGUGUCCCCAGAGGACCUUGAGGAGCAGAUCAAGACUGACAUGGAAAGAGAUUUGGACUUUCCAGUUGUUCUCCAGCCUACAAAUGCAAAUGAGAAAACACAGCUUAUCAGAGAAGGAGCUCGAAGUUAUUGCACAGACUCUUAAUACUGAGCCCUUGGAGGGUCCACAGCACUUCCUCUUGGUUCAACCAUGUCUCCAGAUGGUCAUGGGGAGAGGAUAUGGGGCAUGGGAUGCUGUGAACUUUUCCACAUUUGUACUUUAUUUUUAGGCUAGGGAAAGAUAACUUUCCCUACAUAACUUUCCCAGUACGCAGACUUACUCUUUGAGUAGAAUUCCUAAUGAAACAUUCCAUUUCAGCAAAUAAAGGCCUGAAGAAUUGUUUUAUGCUUCUUGCAUGAGGUAAGACAGUGGCACUGGGCAGGCUUUGUGAGCCUGCCCUUUAUGUGAGCCAGACCUCACUCCUUACAUACUAAAAUAGUAUUCCAAAACAGAGGCUGCUUUUCAUCCAUGUAACUAAAUGCAAUAAUCAUAUCUGCCAUAAAUAUCAUCAGCAUAAUAUACAUUAGAAUUUAGGAGGCAUGUUUCAUGUGUAGAGAUUUUUCCUUGUCAAUAUUCAAUAUGGCUACAGAAAUAUUUCAAGGGGCAGAAAGAAAUUAUUAAGUAAAAAAAAAAACAUAUUGUUUUAAAGCAUAUUUUUGAAAGAUUAAAAGUUUUAAUUUACUGAAACUGACAAGUAAAACCAGAAAGAAACACGUUUCUUGUGUGCUUUUAGAUGUGCAUAAAAAAAACAAAAACAAAAACCCCAAAUUGGUUAAAUGUUAUAAAUGAUCCAGAAAAUCAUUCUGAGCCCAAAUUAGUCCCAAACAAUGUGUUGACAAUUUUUAAGCAAAAAUAAUUUCUGUACAACUGACCUAGAUUAGCUUGACUAAAGAAAAAACAAACAAACAAACAAACCAUGAGGUAAAGGGUAGAAUUCUAAAUUCUAUAGCCUAAAUUGAGAGGCAUAUCAUUUAUCCCAUUUUUGGUGGGAUUAAUUACAUUGGCCAGAAAAUGUUUAUCUUCAUGCAUGUUAAACAUUUAACCUUAGAGGUCAUCUUUGCAUUUAUUUAUUUGAUCCUAAUAUUCAUUAUGUGGUGGAAUCAAUGUGCUAUUUCUGAAUAGUACAACAACAAGAGUGCUUGUUUUUCCAGGUCUUUCUUAGAUCCUUAUAUAACAUUGCAUUUUUCAAGAUCUUGUUAUGUUUUAUAUGAUAUUAUGAAAUGCCAUUUUCUUUUUUCUUUCUCUCUUAUUCCCCUACCACCAAAUUAUAGUUAAUUGAGAUAAAUAUACUUUGUGGAAGUUGGUG